GUGGCGAAGGUGAUGGCCGCCUCCCGGCUGGGCAACAAGGUACGGGAGAAGCUGAAGAAAAAGAAGAAGAAGCAAAUUCAACAAGCUGCUGAACAGCAGCAGCAGCAACAGCAGCAAGAGAAACCAGCGGACGGUCCAGAAGUCUCGUCGGAAACGAUAACAAACGCAGGCGAUACGACGACGACCGCGACGGAGCUGCCCGCAAACGUGGAGCUCGGAUCGGUCGAGCAUUAUCGCGAGCUGAUAGCACAGCAGGAAAACAAACAAAACUAGGCCACGCAGGCUGCUCCACUGUCUGUAAAGCAUGCAAAAGCAACCCAUUUUCCCAGGUCGAGGAAAAUGGUUUCAACUCGAUUGAAAAAAAAAAAUAAAAAACAAAUAAAACUAGACCGAAA